AUGGGGCUCGCGUAUCCCGCCGGCGCUGCGACCGUGGCGCUCUCUGUCGUGGGUGCUUACAUGCUCUUCCAUGGCGAUGGAGAAGCGUUCAAUGUCGGAGAAUUUCUUGAGGCCGUUUCUCCAUAUACUUGGGCGAACAUUGGUAUUGCUCUGUGCAUAGGGCUUUCUGUCGUUGGAGCGGCUUGGGGUAUCUUCCUGACCGGUUCAUCCAUCGUCGGUGGAGGUGUCAAGGCCCCCAGGAUACGAACGAAGAACCUGAUCUCGAUCAUUUUCUGUGAAGUUGUCGCUAUCUACGGUGUGAUUAUGGCCAUCGUGUUCUCGUCGAAACUCAACCUUGUGGAGGGCGACACCAUCUAUUCGGGCAGCAACUACUACACCGGCUAUGCUCUCUUUUGGGGAGGCGUCACGGUGGGAUUUUGCAACUUGAUCUGCGGAAUCUCAGUCGGCAUCAACGGAAGUGGUGCUGCGUUAGCUGACGCUGCAGACCCUAGCCUCUCUGUCCUUGGCCUGUUCGGUCUGAUUGUCGGACUUCUGGUGGCUGGAAAGGCGGCCGAAUUCGAGUAA